AUGGGGAGAGGAUGAGAGGGUGGAGGGAGAGGGAUGGGAAGAGGGAGAGGGAGGGGAGGGAGGAGGUGGGGAAGGGGAAGGGGGGGAAGGGGUGGGAGGAGG